CCCUGUUCAUCUUCUCAUCAUUCUCUUCAUCUUCUUGUCUCCCUCAUUGUCACUGCAAUUCACAUUCUUGUAAUCCUCACACUGUCGUUGGACUUUUCUUUCCUUGACAUUACAGCACAGCGUCCUUCACUCGCUCUCUGCAACCCAACUCAUUCGCUCCUGGUGUCACGCAGUCUUCAUUUGUGACCCUGCCGAUCUCUCCGCCUGCGCCCACCGUCCACCUCAUUUCUCUCGGUCAUCUUUGAAACAAGUCGUCUUCCUGUACCACGACUGUUGUUCUCGUCACCGUCAAUCUCUCCACCUUGUUGCAUCUUUCAACCUCAUACUUUCAUUCGCGACUGCAUAUCGACCGUUGACUGUCGACGCCACCAACCUCACAAAAUGGCGGCUCGCCUUGUACAAUCGCUCCUACUGUUGGCCGCUUUGGCCCCUUCAGUCCUCUCCCAGAGUAAUGCUCCAACAUGUGGUGAUGGCAAACUAUGUCCUGCAGAUUCUCCAUGCUGUUCUCAGUAUGGCCAGUGUGGUGUAGGUGCCUAUUGUUUGGGCGGUUGCGAUCCGGCCAACUCAGCCACCCUCGACUCCUGCGUCCCUGCUCCAAUCUGCCAGAACAAGCAAUACACCUUUGACAACCUCGAUCGAAUCGUCUCCAACACCAAGUACCUCGGUGAUGCCAACUCGGCCGAUUUCGUCUCAUCAGGUCAACCUCUUUCCCACAAUGGUCAAGUCCUCUUGACUAUGGCAGAGGGUACUGUUGGAACUCUCCUUGCAAGUACUCACUACGUUUGGUACGGAAAGACUACCGCUCGAUUCUCAAGUGGUGCUGGUGCUGGUGUCGUUACUGCUUUUAUCUUGUUGGGAGAUUCCAAAGAUGAAAUCGAUUACGAAAUCGUUGGAACAGAACUCAACAGUGUUCAGACAAACUUCUAUUCCCUCGGUGUCACUAACUAUGAUAACGGCGGCAACACCACUGGCCUUACCAGCGUAUAUGAAAACAUGCAUGAUUAUGAAAUAGACUGGACACCUGACCAGAUUACCUGGUCCAUCGACGGCAAGGUAGUCCGCACCCUUGAUCGUGAAGACACAUGGAACGCCACUGCGAAUCGCUACACCUUCCCUCAGACCCCUUGUCGGGUGCAGCUGUCUCUCUGGCCCGGUGGUCUACCCACCAACGGCAAAGGAACAAUCGACUGGGCCGGCGGUCUUGUCCAAUGGGAUUCCCCAUACAUGACCAACGGGUAUUACUAUGCCGCGUUCGAAGAGGUCACAAUUGAAUGCUACAACCCGCCGGCUGGCUCCAAUGUCAACGGGAAUAAUUCAUACAUCUACACUGACAAGGCCAUGACCAACCGCUCUGUUGAAGUCACCAAUGAUAAGACCGUUCUGAAGUCCCUUCUCGGUACUGGUACAAACAUGAGCGCCGACUACCCCCAUGCAUCUGCUUCGGCUUCGGCCAGCGACGUCGAAACCGUUCCCGGCCUUAGUGGAGCCGGCCCAGGGACCAACGGCCAACGGGGAGAUAAUGACACAAGUGGUGACGAUGGCAACAGUGGCAACAGCGGUAAUAGCGGCAACAGCGGCGGCGGAACUGCCACAGGAACCGAUAGUGCUGCGACCGGGUUCGUUCAAGGGAACGGCGGUAUGAAUGCGGCCACUCAUAUCACUGGAAACCCUGAGCGUGUCCUCAAAGGCAGCUUGUUCGCUGUUGUGGUGGCCAUUGUUGGGUUGUGCAUUAUGUGAUAUGUCAGCCAUUUUCACCAAUCCAUUUGUCGCGGUUGGGAUUUUGUUGUUUGUGUAUUGCAUGGCGAUGGUUUUAUCACCUACCUCGGGAGGGAGGCUGGCGUUUUGUUUGGACAUAGGAGCACUCGCCCAAAAAUGGCCUUGAAUGAGCACCAACUGAAUGCAGUUGAAAAGACAUGAAUCAAGUGGAACUUUAAUGGAAGUCCCUGAAAUGAAAAUUUCUUGGGCAAUAGAACCUAAGCGUGUAAUAAAAGCUACCAUCAAAGAACGCCUCGUCAUUGCUCCACACACCUAUUGACAUUCCCAUCGCACACAAUACAUGAAAUGGAAACUCCUUGAUGCUAUGCAGUAUUCAGCAGUGGCCAUUCCUGGAAUCCCUCGCCGAUUCCAAGGUUGGUAGAUAUCAACGUGUGGUGUCCCAAGGCUGAAGUUUGGACUGCCGGCCCGCCAAACGCUACAAAUCCCUUCGACAACCUAAAAGGACUUGUUCAGAUGACGAGAUUGACCACGCUCGCUGACAUCAGUCUCGCUCGUGCUGUCAUUUUCUCGUUCUUGUUUGGCCACCGCGGCGCUGUGUUCCGGGUCGGCAAGAGGGUUGGUCUGAGGGUCGUUGGCCGAUGUUGAAGACGGAUUGAAUAGCAACGACAUGGAUUCAAGGGAGACGCCUGCGGUUCGAGAGUUCAUUAGUGUGAGUCUGCUUAUCCACGGAUACAAUGAACACGGCAAGAGCAACGUGAAUGCUAUACGUACCUUUGGUCUCUGGCACGAAUUUCUUGACAAAGAACCAUGCCACCAUGCAGCACACGGCGAAGAUGAACUGAACUCCAUAGCCUGUGAUCGAUUGAGACAUGAUUAGCCUCAGUUAUUUGACCUGAGACAGGGAACAAAACUCACCAAUGCCGUUCUGUCCAACGUAUGCAAUCAUGUACGGCAGUGCCCGGUAUAGACCCAUGUAGAACAACUUUUGCAUAGCGCCAGCAAUUCCGGCCGUGGCCAUCCUCAUUUCCGUGUCAGGGAUCUCUGCCACAUACACCGUUGGAACAGUACCUAAGCCAAACCAAUUGACGCAGGCACAGAUAUAAAGAAACGCCAGCUCGACAUAUAUAACGACUUGCAUGCCAACGCCGUUUGCAUACAACGCUCCCAUGGCGCCCGAGAUGCAUAGACAGAUGAUCUGGAAAAAAAUCGUCCACAGGAGAGA